UUUAUUUAUUAUGUAAAUGAAAAACUGAAAAUGGAAGAAUGGAGAAAAUUAUUUCCCAAUAAAGAAGCUUUUAUAGUAUUCUUUUUAUAUAUAAUACUGUUUGUAUUCCAAGGUGUUUUUAUAACAGCAUCAAAAACUGAAAAUGGAGUGUAUGACUACAACACUACACUUGUUGUAUUUCUUUCCGAAUUACUGAAGCUUUUUAUAUCCGGUGUUUUGUACACAUACAAAAAGAAGAAUAAACCAAACAUUUUUCGAGCAGUUGUUAUAAACUACAAGUUGGCAUUGUAUUACUUCAUCCCAUCACUGUUGUAUUGUUUUUACAACAAUUUAGCUUUCAUUAACUUGUCACAUUAUGAUCCAACAUCUUAUUACAUUCUCCUGCAAUUUAGAGUGGUUCUGACAGCACUCAUUUUUCAGGUUUUGUUUAAAAAGAAGCUUACCUUUAUUCAGUGGAUCUCACUUGGUAUACUUACAUUGGGAUGUAUGAUUAAGAAUUUCGAUGCUGCCACUAUGUCAGGAAAAGAAGAGUCGGAUCUCUGGUCACAAAUAUUCAACAUAUACUUUUUGUCAAUCAACUUUCAAAACUUUUGCUCUUGCUUAGCUGGUACCUACAAUGAGUAUCUGCUAAAAACGAAGGGAUCCCAUGUAGACAUCUUCCUUCAAAAUGUCUAUAUGUAUUUAGAUUCAGUUGUAUGCAACUUCUUUAUUUUAAUGUACAAAGGUGAACUGAGCUCAGUAUUUAGUGAUUUCCAAUCCCUAGGUGAUAUAUUCGUAAUACUCAUCACUGUCAACAGUGCCAUAGUAGGAAUAGUAACUAGUUUCUUUCUAAAAAAUUUAAAUUCAAUCCUAAAAACAUAUGCCAGCGCUUUAGAGUUAAUCAUAACAGCUGUGGUAUGUUAUAUUAUUUUCAAAAUAAUUAUUACAUGGUAUACAAUUAUAUCAAUAUGCUUAGUUAGCAUUGCAGUUGCAAUGUAUAUGAAAAAUCCUGUUAAUAAUGUAACACCAAAUGCAGAAGAUAAAAAACCUCUUAUAAAUGUAGUAGUAGAAUAGUUUUCUAAUACAUUUUCCUUGAAACAUUAACACAAACGCUAAAUAUUGAGUCACAAAAUACCAGUACUAGUGUAAAAUGUAGGUAAAUAUUGAAUUCUGAACUCAUAGUAAAAAUUAUUUUAAGUAUCUUUUAAGGGAGAGAUUUUACACAGUUUACAGAUCUCAAUUUUUUUCGUUCAAAUCCUGGGUAUAGAUUCUUAUAUACUCUAUAGUUACCUAUAAAUAUCACUUUAGUUUUUAAUGUAUUCAUUAAUGACUAGGUAAAAAAUUGUGUUUAUUAUAUUGACUCAUGGUGUGAGAAAAAAACGAAUAACUUGCUUUCGUUUCUUUUUACAACAACUUAAGUUAUAGGACCAGAGAAUUUUAGACGAAUUUGCAUGAUGCUCAAAAGAAAUGUUAUUGUUAACCAUUAUUUUAUAAUUUGAGUCUCAUUUUUAUUUAUUUUUAAUAAAUUGUAAAUAGCCAAGGACAUUUCAUAUCAUUAAGCUUACUUACUGUAUUAUUUAUUACUUUAGUUCAUUAUUUAUUAUACCUAAGCGUAAUUUGGUCGCAGUUACUUAAAGAGCUCUACACACAAUGACACCAACCCGAGGGACUAAUCCUGCAGGUUAGUUUGGUGGUUUCAGAGGGUUGCAGGCAGAAUAAUUAUUAUCUGACGACGCGAGAGCUGCAGCUUGAGCCAUUCACAGUUAGUCAUACUCAUUGAAAGCCUGAGGCCAAUUACUGAGCAAGUGGAACGCAACCCUAGCACGCGCGGGCGCAACCCCAUAGUAUGAUUAUUUAACAAUUGUAAAUUAAAAAUUUAUAACACCCCCGACAAGUGAAGGUUACAGUAACUAGAAAAGAGUUGCU